CUGUUACGUAGCCGCGACAGACGUCGAGAAUACCCCCAGCCUCAUCGAUUGCUAUAUCGGAAAUACCUCUUAUUAUUCUUAUACCUCUUCUCCCAUACCCAUAAAAUGGCUUCAGAGUCCCGCCUUUACACGGUAUCGACGCCGACAAAAGAGCAUCUCCGCAAAUUCAGACUCUCUACAAGCCGUUCCGAUAAACCUCAAGCUGUGAUAUACCUAAUCGACAAAGUCACCCUCGAAAUCCGCCUCGACGACGAGGGAAUCGUAUACCAUGACCUCGAAGAGCUAGGCGAAGAGCUCCCCGACCACGCCCCGCGUUUCAUACUCCUGAGCUACCCACUGACACUGUCCUCAGGCCGCCUCUCAGUCCCCUACGUCCUUCUCUACUACCUCCCCGCCACCUGCAACGCCGAGGCGCGCAUGUUAUACGCUGGUGCAAAGGAGCUACUCCGCGGCGAGGCGGGUGUGGGGCGUGUGAUUGAGAUUGAGAGUGCGGAGGAUUUAGCUGAGAUCAAGGAGAAGCUGGGUGGAGAGUGAUGUAUAUACUGGGGUC